AUGGCCGACGAGAGCACGCCGCUGAUUCAACGCGUCGACGUUCGACCCCAUCGCGACCGAUACCCACAUCAUCACCUACGGUUCAUAUGCACUACUUUGCUAAGCGCAACGAUAUUCGUAGGAGGACUUGUCGCAGUCUUGAUUUUCAGCUUUGCGCCACCCAGUCAAGACGAAUUAGCUCCUACAUCACGACUUUCCGCGUCUUCGUUAUCAAUCUCACAGAUACCCAAAGGAUGGGCGCGAAAGACGGCCCUGGACUUCGAAGACCUGCAGGUGACCCUGCUAGAAACACCCAAUGCCAAAAAGGCAGAAGAGUGGAGCCGAUACUACACGAGCGGGCCGCACCUUGCAGGUAAGAACCUCAGCCAGGCGCUGUGGACCAGAGAAAGAUGGCAGGAAUGGGGAGUCCAAAGCACAAUAGUAGACUACGAUGUCUACAUCAACUAUCCAAAAGGCCACCGAUUAGCCCUGAUGGAGAAGGUUGGGCACAAAGAUGAGAUGGCAGACAGCACUACAGCUACAAGUCAAGAAUGGAAGGUCAGAUAUGAAGCACGACUGGAGGAAGACGUCCUGGAUGCGGACAAGUCAAGCCAACUCGCAGAUCGCGUGCCUACCUUCCACGGAUACAGCGCUUCCGGUAAUGUGACGGCGCCAUAUGUCUUCGUCAACUACGGCACAUACAGAGACUUCGAGGAAUUGCAGGCGGCAAACGUCAGUUUGGAAGGCAAGAUCGCCCUGGCCAAGUACGGUGGCGUCUUCCGCGGUCUGAAGGUCAAGCGCGCGCAAGAGCUGGGCAUGGUCGGCGUCGCCAUGUACACGGACCCUGGUGACGAUGGAGAGGUGACCAAAAAGAACGGUUAUGCGACCUACCCCGACGGGCCGGCCAGAGAACCCAGCAGUGUUCAGCGAGGGAGCGUCCAGUUUCUGAGCUUCGCACCAGGUGAUCCUACCACUCCAGGCUAUCCCUCGAAACCUGGCUGCCCUCGCCAGCCUGCCGACCACGCGAUGCCGCAUAUCCCCUCUCUACCCAUCUCCUACCUCGAUGCGUUCCCCCUUCUCAAAGCGCUUAACGGCCACGGCCCGAAAGCCUCAUCCUUCAACGAGUACUGGCACGGUGGUGGGCUGGACUACCAGGGCGUAGAAUAUAAUAUUGGACCUUCGCCCGAUGACCUUGUGCUGAACUUGGUUAACGAGCAGGAGUACGUUACGACACCAUUGUGGAACGUCAUCGGAAUCAUCAAUGGCACCAUUCCUGACGAAGUCAUCGUUCUCGGCAACCACCGUGACGCUUGGAUUGCUGGCGGUGCUGGGGAUCCCAACAGUGGCAGUGCAGCGCUCAACGAGGUCAUUCGAAGCUUCGGCGCUGCUAUGCAGGCUGGCUGGAAGCCCAUGAGGACAAUCGUCUUUGCCAGCUGGGAUGGGGAGGAGUACGGCCUCGUUGGGAGCACUGAGUGGGUUGAGGAGUACCUGCCGUGGCUCUCUGGUUCGACAGUCGCAUAUCUGAAUGUCGAUGUUGGCUCAGUAGGUCCGGACUUCAAGCUAUCAGCGGCGCCCUUGCUGAGUAGGGUGGUCGAGGAAGUUGCUCAUAUGGUCAAAUCUCCAAACCAGACAAUCGCCGGUCAAACUGUAUACGAUGUAUGGGACAAGCGCAUUGAGACUAUGGGCUCCGGGAGCGACUUUACAGCUUUCCAAGACUUUGCUGGCAUUCCAAGUAUCGACAUGGGCUUUGGCGGUGAUUCCAAAUCUGCUGUCUACCACUACCACAGCAACUAUGACUCGUUCGACUGGAUGAAGAAGUAUGGAGAUCCGAGCUUCGAGUACCACGCCACAAUAGCAAAGGUCUGGGCACUUGUAGCAGCGAAACUUAUCGAGACACCUAUCCUCCAACUCAACGCCACAGACUACGCGAUCGGUCUUCAGAAGUACGUCGACGCCGUCAAACAAAAGGCACACGACGCCGCACCCAGUAGAGACCCGGGCGAACUCUGGCAAACUCUCGAUGAAGCCGUGUCCCAUUUCCUGUUCGCAUCUACCCUCCACGAUGCCACGGCCUCUGACCUCACAAUCCAAUACUCCAACAUAGGCGAAAUACCCUGGUGGCAGCCUUGGAAGAAGGUGCAGCUGUACCUCGCCAUUCGCGCAAUUAAUACCAAGUACAAAUACCUGGAAAGGAAGUUUCUGUUUCCCGAUGGUCUUGAUGGACGAAGCUGGUUCAAGCAUGUCGUCUUUGCUCCUGGGAAGUGGACAGGCUAUUCAGGUGCAACGUUUCCUGGUAUCGUCGAAUCCAUAGAAGAGAAGAGUGAAGAUGGUGUUCGGAGAUGGGUUGACAUUAUUAGCAAAGCAAUUAGUAGUGCUGCAGACUGGUUGGAAGAGUAG